AUGAGUCACCUAUUCACUCUUCUCUUCAUACCAUUUUCUGUUGUGUUAUCUCAAUUCAAUGGUUUAGUGACAUUGAAUGAGACUCUCACUGCAGGGGAUAAAGAUGCCUUUUGGCUUUCACCAUCCAAAGACUUUGCCUUUGGAUUUCACAGACUAAUCAACAAUGAUAAUGUUCUUGAUUUUCAUUUUACUGAUGAACAUUACUUGCUUGCCAUAUGGUACUACAAACUCGGUCCUGAUGUAACCAUAGUUUGGCAUGCAAAUGCAACCACUGUGCCAAGAGGAUCCACCCUUGAGCUCAAUAUCCACACUGGCUUGGUGCUUAUUACCAGCUCAUCUCAAUCAGGUGAUCAAGUAGUAUGGAAAACCGAGCUAAAAGAAGGCGAGGGCGGGGGUGGGGGCGGUUUUGUAAGUUAUGGCUUGAUGAAGGACACAGGCAACUUUGUUUUGCUUGAUGAGAAUAGGACAGUCAUAUGGGAGAGUUUCAGACACCCUACUGAUACAUUGCUUCCUACUCAGACCAUGAAGAUUGGUGAUGUGCUUUAUUCUCAAAAAAGCUUAACAGAUUUCUCACCGGGUGAAUUCAAGUUUAGUUUACAUGAAAAUGGUAAUGUUUUGCUAAAUUUCACAUCUUUGUUCAAUUUUGAAACUCCUGUUACAUACCAUAAAAUAGGCUUUAAUAUUGGUGGUCAUGAUUAUCAAAUCAACUUUGAUGCAAAAGGAAAUUUGUACUUAUUGAGUAGUGAUAGAAAAAUAUGCAUUGCAAAAUCAGAUGAUGCAAUUGUCUCACCUUCUAAGCAUUAUCUCAAAGUUACUCUAAAUUUUCAUGGUGUUUUAUCACUGAGUUAUUGUCCAAAGAGUAAUCAUAAUACUACUGAAAUGUCAUGGAAAGUAUUGAAGGCUAUACCAGAUGAUAUUUGUAAUGAUUUAAUUGUGCCUAGAUCAAUGGGGACUGGACCAUGCGGUUACAAUAGUAUCUGCAAAGUUAGAGAUGAUGGAAUCCCAACUUGUAAGUGCCCACUUGGGUAUUCCUUUCUCAAUCCAAAUAGCAACUAUAGUGGCUGCAAACCAGAUUUUCAACAACUCUGUGAUCAUAAUGGAAAUAAGAUGAUGAGUAUGAAAGAUCUUCCGAAAACCGAUUGGCCUCAAUCUGAUUAUGAGCUAAUUGAGCCUUCUGAUUAUGAAGAAUGCAAAAACAAUUGUUUGUUGGAUUGCAAUUGUUUUGUAGCUAUUUUCAACUUUGACAACAAUCGAUGCUUCAAGAAUAGACUCCCACUAUCCAAUGGGAGAGAGAGUGAGACACUCAAACACUCAAUGGCUUCUAUCAAAUACAUGAAUGCUUCACUAAUUAACACUCUUCACAUACCUUCUUCUAAUAAAACAUAUAAGAUUAUAAUGACACUUAUGUUCAUACUCUUGGGUGGUUCUUUACUUAUCAAUGCUGUUGUUUUGUCUUCUUCUCUACUCAACUGCAGCAAUAAGCUCAUUAGAAGCAAUGGAAAUUCGGUUGUAAUGAGUUUGCGCCAGUUUACAUGCAAAGAACUCACAGAAGCCACAAACGGGUUCAAAGAAGAGUUGGGAAGAGGAUCUUAUGGUAUAGUCUAUAAAGGGCAAACAGAGUUUGGUACUGACAUAGCUGUUAAAUUACUAAAAAGACUAUUUAGUGAGAAUGAGAAAGAAUUCCAAGCCGAAUUGAACAUCAUUGGCCAAACACAUCAGAAGAAUUUAGUCAAGUUAGUUGGAUAUUGUAAUGAGAGAAAGCACAGGCUUCUGGUGUAUGAGUACAUGAGCAAUGGAACCUUAGCCAGUUUUCUAUUUCGGGGUCCUAAACCGAGUUGGAACCAAAGGACUCGAAUAGCCAUUGGGAUAGCUAGAGGACUAUUUUACUUGCAUGAAGAUUGUAGCACAACCCAAAUCAUUCAUUGUGAUAUAAAGCCACAAAAUGUGCUUCUUGAUGAUUGUCACAAUGCUAGAAUAUCAGAUUUCGGUAUGGCAAAGAUUCUUGGACUAAGCCAAACACAUAAUAGUUCUUCUUCUAAUAAAACCAGCAUAAGAGGAACAAAAGGGUACAUUGCACCAGAAUGGUUUAGAUCAUCAUCAUCAACAACAAUCACAACCAAGGUUGAUGUGUACAGCUAUGGAGUAAUGUUGCUUGAGAUAGUUAGUUGUAGAAGGAAUGAAAUCGAUUUGGUAGACUUGGUUUAUGAAUGUUACAACAAUGAGAGACUUGAGGAUCUUGUUGAGAAUGACAUAGAAGCCAUGGAUGAGAUUGAGAUGGUUGAGAGGUUUGUGAAAGUUGGUCUUUGGUGCCUUAAUGAAGAUCCCUCUAAAAGACCUUCCAUGAAGAUGGUUUUGUUGAUGCUUGAAGGGAUAGUUGUAGUUUCAAGUCCAUCAACUUCUCCUGCUUACUCUUCUUAUUCAUCUUCUUCUAACACAUGA